AUGAACAAGAACACUAGCAGCCUUCAGGACAAUCCGACGCAUCUUAUAUAUACACGAAAGAAAAGAGGAGAGACAACAUCAUAUGCGAAAGCAAACCAAGCUAUAAACCUCAACGCCUCUUCCAUCACAAGCCUCUUCCACCUCCGUCAGACUGAGGCAGCUAAGCACCUGGGCAUCUCUCUUACCGCCAUGAAGAACGCCUGCAGAUCUCUCGGCAUCAACAAGUGGCCUUACUCCCGUAACAGGGAUCGACCUGCCUCCCUCUCCUCUCCUCCUUCGGCCUCGCCCCAGUCAGGCUCAGCUCCGUGCUCGCCCUUGCCUGACGGGGCAGGAAGCGUUUCCGCCCUCAUCCCCCCGAGCGAGCAUGCCCCGCCCUCCACGCUAGGCCAGCUUGGCGUGCAGUGCCGGGUCACCAGCCUGCCUCCUCCUCCGCCGUCCUUGGCUGCCGCCGCCGCAUGCCCCCCGCCGCAUGCCCUGUACCAAGCCUCUGCAGAGCUGGGCUGCAGCUACUCGCCUUGGCUCGCUCCCCCUGUGCAAGGCGUGCCGGUGGAGGAACAGACGGCAGUCACAACCGUGGCGCUUACGACGACCCUCAACGUGAGCAUGGGAGCACCAGAGCUGACGCCAAGACACCGAUGCGAGGGCCAGCACAUGGGCGAGCACCAUGACGGGGAGGAAGACUUGGGGAACGCUUGUGGGGGUGCGAGGGACGAGGGCUGGAGCAAGUCUUGGCUAGACUGGUACAUCAAUGUACCAAUGGAGACAGACGAAGUGUAG